AUGGCCGACAACAGCACAACGUCUCCUACUCCUUCUCAGGCUUCUGCUCUGACAGCCGGCAAUGUUGGUCUCAUUUUAUAUCUGUCUUUCUUGGUUGUAAUUGCUUUGUUUGGAAAUGGCCUGUUGUUAACAGUAAUUGUCAAGAGGCAACUUCUACAAAACGUUCAUUACUAUUUCAUACUCAGCCUAGCUACGUCAGAUUUCCUGAACGCUUUGCUGAAGAUUCCCACCACUAUUCUUGGAAAAUUUGAUCGCGGCUGGUAUCCAAGUUACAUCAUCUGCUACUUUACUACUCCUCUAGGGGUACUUUUUGGUGCAGCGUCCGUUUUCAGUUUGUCAGCGGUAGCCGUCAAUAGAUACUUUGUAAUUUCGUCACCGCUGAAUUACUCGGACAGAAUGCCGCCUUUACUAGCCAAGAUCAUUCUGGCCGUGAUUUGGCUCAGCAGUUUUUGUCUCGCGACUCCACCUGUGUUGUGGAGGGAAAAAGAAGCAAUCUGCCGUAGUGGAAACAUCUCGAAAGAACAUUACACUUCUGAAGUGUUGUAUUUUUUUCUAGCGUUAUGGCUAUUCGUGAUCCUGAUUCCAAGCAUAGUUAUGAGCGUGUCGUACGUGAAAAUUUAUUUGAUCGCUCGUUAUCAUGCUUUACAAAUAGACUCACAAAACCAGGCCAGUACACUGUGCCAACAGACAAAGAAAAGACGAAAGGAUUUCAAAGCUGCUGCGGUGUUAGCCGUGAUUGGUGGAAUUUUCAUCCUUUGCUGGUUUCCUUUCUUCGUCGUGCAGACUGUUCACAAGUUUGGUAAAAGUAAAAUCAGUCCGAUCUAUUUUAACGUUUUCUUAUGUGUCAUGUAUACAAACUCGGCGUUAGACCCUAUUCUGUUGUUUCUUUUUAACGCCGAGAUACGAAGAGCAUUGAUAAAAAUGCUCUGCAAAGCGCUCUUCAAACCCAAGGCACUCUCAUCUCAAUCAGAGCUGUCUUCGUUUUUAAAUCAAGGAACAUGA